UCUCUCCCUCUCCAAUAAAUAAGCCUCCUUACCGCCCUACUUCCCAAACCAAACCUCACCAAAGCUCUCUCUCUCUCUCUCUCUCUGCUCGUCGUCAAGGUGAAGAUGACGGCCGGUGGACGGAGGGUGACGGUGUACGCCAAGUCGACGGCCGUGUCGGGGACGCCGGUCCGGCCGGGGAAGACGUACCCGCUAUCGUCCUUGGACCACCUGAUGGGGCGGCACACGCUGCACUUGGUGUUCUACUACCGGCCCGGUCCGACGCUGGACCGGGACGGGCUCAAGGAGUCGCUGUCGGAGGUGCUGUCGCACUACCCGGCCGCGACGGGCCGUUUGAGUCGAGGGGAGGACGGCGGCUGGAUCGUCAAGUGUAACGACGCCGGCGUCAGGUUGCUGGACGCCAGGGCCAACGUGACGCUGGAGGAGUGGCUCGGCUCGGCCAGCGCCGAGGAGGAGAUGGAGCUCGCCUAUUGGGAGCCCAUGGGGGACGACCCCUCCAUCUGGUCCCCAUACUACAUUCAGAUAACGGAGUUCGAGGACAAGGCCUUCGCGAUCGGGCUGAGCUGCACGCACAUGCACGCCGACCCCACCUGCGCCACCCUCCUCGUCCGCGCCUGGGCCGACUCCCACCGCCGCGCCUGCAUCGCCUACGCUCCCUUCCUCCACCCCCCGGCCUUCCUCCCCCGCCCCGAUCCCCGCCCCUCCCACCCCCUCCUCUCCCUCAAAUCCUCCUCCACCCCCUUCGCCUCCAACUCCAAGAUGUCCUCCGCCACCUUCCGCUUCUCCGACCUCGCCGUCAAGUCCCUCCUAGCCGACCUGCAGCCCGACGCCUCCCCUUUCUCCGCCCUCGCCGCCCUCUUCUGGUCCCGCAUCGCACGUGCCGCUGGCGUGCCUCCGGGCCCCGGCGAGCUCACCCUCGUCGUGGACGUCCGGAAGCGCAUGCAUGCGCCGCUCCCUCAUGGGUUCUACGGCAACGCCCUCCACUUCUCCCGCGCCCGCGCCAACCUCGCCGCCGGGGUGGCCCACGUGGUGGACGAGCUGGGGCGACACGUGGCGGGACUGCCCGAGGAUGAGGUCUGGGCUGCGGCGGAGUGGGCGCACGAGCGGCGGCACCGAGGGGAGGAGGCGUUCCAGAUGUACGGGCCGGAGCUCACGUGCUUUGCGCUGGACCACUUGAUGGCGUACGGGGCGGCGUUCGAGAAGGAGGGGGAAGGGGGGAGGCCGGCGCAUGUGAGCUGUCGGGUGGGCGGGGCGGAGGGGGAGGGGCUGGUGGUGGUGUUGCCGGCGGCGGAGGAGGGAGCGGCGCGGACGGUGAUGGUGACGCUGCCGGAGGAGGUGGCGAAGACGAUCUGCCGGGACGACGCCAUCCUGCGAUACGGGCCCACCGUCAUGUUCGCGGGGAGGGUUUAGUGGGUCACAUUCCAGGUGGGUUUCUGGUGGCGGAAAAUUAUGCGCGUGCGUGUUCCGGUUCUUAUGUUUGUAAUAAAAAUCGGCGGAAUUUAACGUCUGGUCGAUUAGUGGACCCGAUUUUAACCUGUAAUCACUAUUGAUCAAAUUUAAAACUUCCGAUCCAGUGUUA